AUGUGUGACCAUGGAAAAGUCGGCCAUCUUUCUGGGCUGUGGUUUCUGUCAUCCUUCGAGCAGAAUUCCUCUCCUUGCAAAAUGAAGAUGGCCUCCUCUGAAAGAGCCCUCCCCCGCUCCAGUCAGGGGUUUCAGCAGUUUCCCCUUCGGGGCCUGCUGGCCCUCCCAGCCCCGCCCCUGCCUCACACAGAGAUCCCAGGCUCUGAAUCCAGCCCCAGAAACAACCAGAUGCAAGGUAGCCUCUUCCUCACACCGGCUGGCUGGGAUAGGACGUCCUCCCUGAUAAUCUUCACUGAACUCCAGAGAGCUCCCCCUACGCUGCUCCUGGAAGAGCUAGAACUGUUCUCUUCACCCACCUCCAACCUGGCACUCGGGCCAGGGGUCAGCUCGCAGGGGUCUCUCAAGCCUCUAAAGCAAGGCGCUGGCGUGAGGGGACCCCGCACGGUGCGGCUGCUGAAUCCCCUAGGCGGCGGCCCGGGAGGGAACCCGGAGGCGGGAGAGCCGGGGAGAGCGGGAACGCGGGAGCGGGAAGGCUGGCGGCUGGCUCACACGGAAACUCCGGCCCCUGCCAAGAGGUCUCUAUUUUGGCGAUUCAGUUCUCCAAAUCAUAGGUCUGCGUGCGCAUGUGCGCUCAGCUUCUGGGGACCCGCUGUCACGAUCGGCCCCGUCACGGAACCCGGGCUGCCGGGGGCGAGGGAAAACAGGGGCCCCUACCCCGACUCCCCGACUCGGGGAAUCCAUUCCACUUCCAUCUCGGGGAUCGGGAGCCCGGGUUCUCCAGCACACGCGCGGCGGGGCGACGCCAGGGCGGCUCGCGACACGCCGCGACUCUCCCGCCCUUCCCUGGGCCCCCAGCCCCACGCCGGGGCCCCGGCGCUCUCGAUUCCGCCCUCACGCCGAGUGGCUCACGGGCCCAGCUCGGUCGCCGGGCCGGGGUCUGUCUCCGAGGUCCCCGCUCCGGGGGCCGAGACGCGGGUCCCCAGCCCCGCCAGCCCGUCCUCUCCCCCUCGGAAGCCGGGCCGGGCGAGCGGCGCCGGGAACUCGGCGCCGGCAAAAGGAGAAGUGGAAGUUGAGCGCGGCGCCCGGUCCGUCCCCGCGGCCGCCGGGGCCGCCGUCCCCCGCCCUCCUCCCCGCCCGCCCUUCCUCCCCGCCCGCCUGCCCCCGCCACCCCGCGCCCGUGACUCACCUCGGCGCCGGGGCAGGCUGGUCCGGGCGGGCGAGGCGCAGGGCUCUCCCACACGUCGCGCCGCCAAUGGCAAGUUGGAGGGAGCGAUGCAAAUACCAGCUGCAGAAGACCGGAUUGACAAGCAUGGAACACCUAACUGUCACUCUAGAUCUGGACUUAAGCAGAGCCUCUACCUCUCAUCUCGGCGGAGCCCAGUCUCAGGCUGCGCCCCAGCCUUGGUCACAGUCUGCAACCCUGUGCUGGAGAUGCGUUCUAAGUCUCAUGGGAGCCAGGCUAGAGAGUGGCUGUUCAGGGAAACCCACCCCCAACGCCCCAGACACGACUCAAAGUUUCCAUUCUACUGCCUGCGGGUCAAGAGCGCCAUCCCCAGAGAGCAAAGACCGCCCGAAACUGCAAUCCCUUUGCUGAAGUUAGGAGCCGCCCGGGGCUCUGUGGGGCCUGCGAGGUGGCUCGAGGGACUUUGCAGAAGCGCGCAGGAACCAGCCCCCGACCUGGGGCGCUCGGCCGCGGGGCUGAUCUCCGUACUCUCCCGCCACUGGGGUAGGAGCGCGUCCUUCUCUCGAGUUCGGGGACGGCCCGAGAAGCAGCGGGGGCUGGUGGCGUUUUUCUCGCCACCCCCUUUCUGGGCUCGCGCGCCUUCCAAACCCGGAUCCUAGUGAGGUUGAGCGCCCCCACCCGCCCAGCAGUGCGCCCGGGCGCCUCUGCAGCGCCACCUGCACGCGGAACGCGGCGGCGGCGGCGGCGGGAACUGGCGUCCAAGGAGGAGCAGCAGGAGGAGGCGAUAUCGGCUCCUCUGCCCCCAGCUUUCCUCGCUGGCACGCGGCCUCCCUUCGCCGCCUCAGCCCCAAGCGGCCUGACCAGCCCAGCCUCGAGCCUUGUCCCGCGCCCUGCCUGGCGCAGGCAGCCAGCGCCCCAAGCUUCCACUCCUGCUGCUGCGCUCUGAGCGGCCUCCUGCCCUGGGCGCCUCUUCUGGGGAAACAGUGAAGUCACACUGGGCCGGAUCCGCUGACUCAUGAGAAUGAGACUCUUCCCCGCUCCCCGGCACACCCUUUGAAACUUCCCCUCAAUCCUUUUUCUUUUUUUUUUUUUUUUUUUUUGGCGGAGUCUCGCUCUUUCGCCUAGGCAGGAGUGAAGUGGCGCGAUCUCGGCUCACUGCAACCUCCGCACCCCACCCCCAGGAGAAUCACUUGAACCCGGGAGGUGGAGGUUGCAGUGAGCCGAGAUCACACCACUCACUACACUCCAGCCUGGGCAACAGAGGGAGACUCUGUCUCAAAAAAAAAAAAAAAGAAAAGAAAAACAAGAGGGGAAGACUGCAGAGAUUCUGAGAGGAGGAGGGAGAAUGAAAGAUCUGAGGAAGAGUGAAGAGGGAGAUGUGUAAUCUCUGGGUGAAAGGAAUGUCAGCUCCAUCUUCUAUGAAGCAGAGCACUCUCCAUAUUCUUUCCAAAGUGAUGACAGAGAAGACACAACCAUAAAACAGGGGAACUAUGAUUUGGUCGGUGAAGGAAAAGCCUAGAAUAGGCCAGUCACAGUGGCUCAUGCCAGUAAUCCCAGCACUAUGGGAGGCUGAGAUGGGAGGAUCGCUUGAACCCAGGAGUUUGGGAACAGCCUGGGCAACAAAGUAAGACCCCAUCUCUAUUUUUUUAAAAAAUGCCUAGAAUAGACAGAAGCAGAACAGUAAAGCAACUGGAGAAGCAAUGAAGUUCCAAUCGGAACUCACUUAUCAUACUCCCAGCAGUUAGGUGACACUGAUAAUCCCUAUUGACUUGUCUGUGGCCACCACUUGGUUAUAAAGCCAUUAAAGGAAGACAGGGACAAUAUAUUACUCAUCUUCCUAUCUCCAGAGCCUAGUACAGUACUAUGGCAUGCAUUAAUUGCUCAGAAAAUGUUAAAGAAAUGAAUACAUUUAUUUGUAUAUUAUUUAUAAAUUCAAUACCUAUGCUAGAUACUCCCUGAGAAGCAUCUCUGUGUUGUACUGCAAAUGCCAAGACAUCCUAGGUGAGAACCUGCCUGGGAAGCCAGGUACCUCUGUCCCCCAACACAAGACACAACUCCUGGGCUUUCCCCAACCGAAACACAGACCUUGGAGGCUCCACCAGGACUAGGUAAGGUCUUCAUAAAGGCACACGACUAGGUGAAAUUCACUGGGGUCUCUGCCUGACAGUGGUCCUCCAGAGGAUAGUUUGGCUAUUUGUGUCCAAAUUGUCAACCCCCUCUGGUCAAAGACCACCAGGAACAUGGUCAAACAAGUUAGGUUUAUUGCUCAUUGCAGCAAGAAAGAAGGCGCCCCAUGGGGGAACCCUGCCAUGCCUCAGGAAGAGGGCGCUAGAAAAGACUUAGAGGAUUCAGGUUGGGUCAGGGGAUUUGGAGGAAGGUUUAAGGAUGUCAGGCUUUGUUCUGGGCUGGAUGCUGGUGAUUCUGUGAUUGGAUUGGGUAUCUUAUCAACUCAAUCUUAUCCAAGAGGAGGGCAGACAAGAGCGAGGCUGAAGCCGCAAUUGGUAAGGAAGCAGCAGCUACUCAGAAAAACCAGGAUGGGGGUGGGGGGUGUUUGGUCAUUUUCAAGGUUCAGGCAAUCUUCAUGUUUUUGUCUGUGUUCACAUGAUUAUGGAGCGGUCUUGUUUUUGUCUCAAUUCACCAUGGUCACAGAGUAGCCUUGUAUAAUGCUGAUGUCCUAUGAAUGUAUGUUCAGCAGAACACCCAGAUCUAGCUGUGAGUGCCAGGCCAGUUGGUAGCAACACCAAGUCCUGGCCGACAGUACCGGGCGAGCUUCCAGAGACACCAGAGGCUGCUUUUCUUUCUGCAAAUGUUCAUUUUGAGAGGAUCUCUGGUUUCCAUCGAGGGCUUGGCAGUCCAGUAUCUAAAUAUUUAGACCCUCCCUGUCCUCUUUGACCUAGUCACACCCAUACGUAGAACCAGCCAGGCAGGGGAACGUCAUCACUGGCUUGGGCUGAGUGAGUGUAUCUGUGUGUGGUUUUGUGUACGCGUGUCUGUGCCCGCCAGGAAUUCCCUGAUAAGAUGGGAAAGAGACCAGAGGCAGUCUUACUUCACCUCUGGGCCCAGCAGAACUUCCCCUCUGCCCAGAAAGCAAGGUACUGGGAGCGAGUCCCAACAAUCUCUAGGGCAGCAAGGGUGCCUGGCUUUAGGUGGAGUCAGGGAAGGACGUACAGAAGGGAUAUGGCAGCAGCCAAACUGGAGAGGAGCGGGAAAGGGAAGGGGCAGUGGGGGAAGGGAGGGGAGAGUUCCUUUGUAUAAAUGGGUCUCUUGAGAAGCUGCUGAUUUUCCUUCAAGGAAGCAGCCUGCAGUAGGUCACUGUGGAGUCCCACCCCCAGCCCUUUCUGUUUAAAGCCUCUUGUCUCCAAAACAGGCCCUGUCGAUUAGAACAACAACAAAAAAAUCACAAAUGUUGACCUCAUCCUUCACUAAGAGGCUUAAUCUAACCCCUUUCCAAUCAAACUUCCUUCCUUCCCUCAGUUCCACCUCUCCACCUUUAAAAACAUUAGGACACCCUCUGCUGUGGUUUACAGGUAGCCAGGCAGAGGUUAGGACCAUCACUAAGUGGUGCCAAGGACCAUCUGAUACUGUUUGUGAAAUGGCCAAGGAAAGCGAGGUUGAAGUCAAAUGGGUGGGCUCUAGAUGACUGCUCUUUGGGCAAAGCCUGCCUCUUCUUCCCAGGGUGGGACUAGCCCUGCACCACAUUGUGGUGUGGCCCAGCUUAUCACAGACCGGCUAUUGAGGGCCAAACCUUGACUGGCACUGCUUAUCUGUGGAGUGAGAAAUCAGACCCUAGAGGCCAGUGGCUCAUGCCUGUAAUCUCAGCACUUUGGGAGGCCGAGGCGGACAGAUCACCUGAGGUCAGGAGUUCGAGACCAGCCUGGCCAACGUGGCAAAACCCCAUCUCUACUAAAAAUACAAAAAUUAGCCAGGUGUGGUGGCGUGCGCUUGUAAUCCCAGCUACCCGGGAGGCUGAGGCAGGAGAAUCGCUUGAACCCGGGAGGUGGAGGUUGCAGUGAGCCGAGAUCACCCACUGCACUCCAGCCUGGGCAACAGAGCGAGAUUCCAUCUCAAAAAAAAAAAAAAAAAAAAAAAAAGAAAAAGAAAAAAGAAAAAAAAAAAGAAAAGAAAGAAAGAAGUUGGACCCCAGGAUCCUCAGGGGCUUGGGCAGAUUAAAUGCAUCCUGGGAUAAGUGGCAAGUUGUGACAGUGAGUGAAGUGGUGAUGAUCUGAACAUCCUCCUAUAAACAACCUGAAUUACAGAGAUCAGAGGUUACAAGACAGAGGUGCAUUUUUACAGUCAGCCCUGUUAUCUAGCAUCAUCCAGCCAAUCGACCAAGGACUUGCUCAGCACUUCACCAGGGUGCAUCAAUAUGGUCCCCAUCCUGAGAAGAAAACAUGGGCUCUACUCUGGGACAGGUGACAAUUCCUUUAGAAUGACUUAAAGAACAAUUACACUCAAAG